AUGUACGCACGAAGCUUCUUGGCACCUCUGUCGAUUUACACCUGUAAAUCCACGAAGCGUCUUGGUUCCACACCAGGAAAAAAGACGUGGAAGGGAUACGACUGGGCAGCCGCGAUCCUACAAGAUCUGCAAAAAGGCGACUGGGGAGUGCCAGUGGUCUGGAUUUCCGACAGGGACAAGAGAUUUGUUGAGGGUUUCUGGAAGGGACUGUUCACAGCGUUACGGACCAAAGUGAUGUAUACCGCGGCAUAUCACCCGUCAGCGGACGGACAAUCGGAACGGUCGAAUCAGACCGCGGAAAUCUGGCUUCGCCAUUGGCAAAAUCUUCACCAAGACACAGACUGGGAUGACGGACUUGCCCCUAUGCAAGCAUCUCUUAACGCGUCAACUAACGUCUCCACUGGCGAGUCUCCACACAAAAUUAUGUAUGGCAUCGCCUUACGUAUGCCAUGGAAUCUCUUGCGUGAUGCAUUUGUUGGAUCACCACAAGCCAACCGUCAGGACGCGGAUGAAUGCGCCAAGUAUGCCGCGAUGGUGAUGAAACGGCAAUACGAUAACCGACAUAAACCAAUUUUUUUCAACGUGGGAGAUUAUGUCUACCUACGCCUUGCCCGAGGAGCAGAACCUGGUUAUGUCCUCCCAUCACGUACAGUGCGUUGCUUCAUGUCGACUCGGAAGCCCUCAUUUCCUAUUGCAUCCAUUCCCAGCAGGAGUUUGGCGGUUAAGUCGUCGACCAGGUGUGCCUCGACUGAAAUCUUCGCUGUAUUGUGCUCGCCAAAGAAGAAUGAAGCGCAGAAGAAAUCCAUCAAGCUCUUCAUCGACGCUGCAAACGGGGAUCGUUUCAGACUAUGCACGCGGGUCCAGGCUGCUGCUCUUCGUGAAAACUGGAACACGCUUAAGUCUGGAAGGGUUAGUAGAUGGGCUGGUUAG